CGCGAAGCUAAAACUUUGCAGACAUUACCCUUACGAAAACCUUUUGUUAUAUGGAGAAAAAGAUAAAAAAAAAAUAAUAUUAAGCACAACAAAAUGGCGCUUGACACAUCAUUUCCUUGUUUAACAAACGACCAGAUAGCUAUGGAACAGCGAUUUAAUUGUGUAGUGUGUCUAUGUCCAAGAUUAAAGAUGGUUUAUGGUAUAUGUCAACACAGAGUCUGUGUAGAAUGUCUAUAUGGAGAAAAUGGUGCUAUCAGAUUGAGUAUGCUUAAAUGUCCAAUUUGUCAAAAUUCAAAUGUUUUUCCACCAUGGAAACCAGAUAUUCUAGAGGAUACGGUAGAAUUACAGAAAUGUCUGGGUAUUCAACAGUGUGGUAAUUGUGGUAUGGAAUUAUGGAGUUGGGAACUAGAAAAUCAUGAAAGUGGGUGUUUAAAAAAGAAAUCUUUACCAAAAACUCCUACAACCAAUAGAAAAAUGAGAUUUCUGUCCAAGAGUGUUUCUAAACGUCGAUCAUCAGAUGAUGCUACUAGUUCUUCAAGGCAGUUACGUAAUCGCGCUGGAACGAGUAUGUUGUCACGGUUACGGUCUUUCAGAAAGUAAAUAGAUACUGUAAUUAUUGACAUGUUUCAGAAAGAAAAAUUGUAUUGCGUGGAUUUAGUGAAUGAAAUUUCUGUACAUGUAAAUGCAGAGUUGAAAAUGUGAAUGAAGAUUCUGUAAAUGCAGCGAUGAAUAUGUGAAUGAAGUUUCUGUAAAUGCAGCAAUGAAUAUGUGUGAGUGAUUGUGCAGGAUAAUUUGUACAUAGCAAUAUUUAUAUAUCCUGGCUCUUGUCCAGCAUAUUAUAUAGAUCUGAUUAUUGAAUAUCUUUCAAUUUGAAUAUCCAGAGAUAGUGAAUCCUUUUUUCUCCACUUUCCCUUUCAAACAAGUUUGUCGAUCUGACAGAUAAUCCACAUGAAUACCAGUACGUGUUGAAGAUUCACGAAAUUUAAAAUAUAUUUUGUCCUGGAAGAUAAAAUUUGUAUGUGUGGAUUAGAACGUGUGAUAAUUAUUAAUGAAACUAAGGAAUCACCAGACCAGCCGACCAUAGAUAACAAUAACAAGACGAUAUCCUGUUUGUCAUUCAUAUAGAAUAAAAUGCAGACUAUUUUGUUUCUCCGAGAACAUCUGAAAAAUUGAUAUAUACAGAACUAUUUUGAGGAUUAAAAGUUUAUCUUAAACUGUGACUCAAACUAACGAAUGAUGGCUAACCUGUUACAUGUACAUUCCGUUUUACGGUGUUUUCAAUAUUUCUCUUCAAAUAGACACUACUGGUACUUGUAUAUAUAGAUAAAAUAUAAUCAAAUGAAAGAUGCAUUGUAUUAAAAUGUUUUAUUUUAAGUGGGCAUUGCCGCCUUGGUUUGGGUGGUUGAUUGGGUUAACGUGUGCCCACUAGAUUACAAGGUUCGUUGUUACAUGUGUGUCAAGUAUUGUUGUUUCGACUCCCUUCUUGUACGUGACAAGGAUUAGGGUCGCCUGUCCAACCUCGUGGGUUUUCUCCACGUCCUCUGUAUUUCUCCCUCUUCUAAAGACCCCUAGGCACAAGCAAAUUAUUAAAAUAAGAUUGAACUAUAUGUUAUGUUAGUCCCAAAAUGAGCAGAUAUAGGUUCUAUUGGUUUCAGAUAUCAGAUGCCGACAUCGAAACAUUAUCGGCCGAUACAGAUACAAUUACCAUUAGUGAAAAAUAUUACCCAUCAAAAUGCCUCGAAUGUCAUGAUCAUGUAGAUACAUCUCAUUGUUUUUUGCGAAACGCAGGUAUAUUUUAUCCUGGGAAUCCAAUACGAACACAAUGUUUAUUGAAGGAAUAAUUGAGUCAUGCUUCCUAUAAAGUUAAAAAUACCCUUGAUCUAUUGAGAACUCAAUUAUUUGUUGGAUGAUUAAUUAAUAAAGUAUGAUCGAGAUUAUUGAAUGUUGAUGGCAAUAUUAGUCUCUAAAUUUAUCGACACCACUUCCUGAGUUCACAAAACAUUCUCAGAUUUAAGAAUUUACUAGCAUUUCAAUCACUGUUUAUGAGAAAUAUCUUUGAUCCAGAAAUCGGGUGACAUUUUCUAAAAAUAAGAGUUGAAAAUACAACAAUCUAUUGGGAACUUGUUAGUUGUGUUAUUAAAUCACUAACUUUUUAUCAUCAUCUGUGGAUAAGGGCAGAACAGUAGGACGUUAAACCCCAUUUCAUUUUAUUUCUGUGGAUAAGGAUUGUUUGUUCUUUUCUUUUUACGACCUCAGGUCACAUGCACAGCAAUUAGUGCCAAACAGUUUGUUCAUAACUCAAUAUUUUGAAAGGUAUUUACAUAGUUCUUUUCAACAGAUAUUGUGGAAUGACCAAAUUUCAAAUGAUAUUGUUUUCUAUCGAUCUAGGCCACUUAUCGGCCAGGUACAUUUACCAAUGGUGGAACAGAUAAUCAGUUCAUCACUAGCUGAAAUAACGCUUUAGUUUAGGUCUUUAGAUCUGGAAUUAAAUCUGGAAUGUCCAUUGCUAAUGAAUAGUUUCUGACAUUUUCAAAAAUGUUGAUUAAAACUCUUAAAAAGAGAAAUGUGUGCUGGACUACAUGUAUAUGACAUACAGGUACAAGCUGGACUACAUGUAUAUGACAUACAGGUACAAGCUGGACUACAUGUAUAUGACAUACAGGUACAAGAGAAAUGUUUGCUGGACUAAAUGACAGGUACAAGAGAAAUGAAAGGUAUGAGAGAAAUGACAAGUAUAAGAGCAAUUGUGUCUGACAUUGUCUGUGACAAGAUUCCUUUAUUUUAAACCAAAUCAGAGAUUUUGUCCUUUUCGUUGAUAAAUGUAUGACUAAAUGAUUAUUUAUAGAUUACGUUUUAUAAAUAGUUAUGUAGGUAUUUAAUAUAGUUAUUAUCCAGCUCUGAUUUAAAUCAAACUAUUUAUUUUGAACUGAAUCAGAGAUUUAGCUGGGGUUUUUUUUUAAAUCUAUGAAUGGUUGAUUAUUUAUGAGUAUAGAUGAUUAUUUAUGAGUAUAUACUAAUGUCCAAAAGAAAGUAUACACUGUGCAUUUUGUGCUGCAUCAACCAAAGUCGUUUUUCAUGGUAUACGGUAUUUGGGUAGAAUGUCAGUUUGUUUGACAUUUUUAUUUUGCUUAGAAAUGUUGAGUUUGAACGCAAGAGACAAACUCAGUAAUGCUUUAUCAGAUGUUUUUAAUCUAAACAAAACUUAGUCAUACUUUUAGUGUGUAUACUUCCUUUUGGACAUCAGUAUAGAUGACUGUAAGGUAAAAUACCAGAUUAGCUUCUUUUUAAAGAAAAUCAAUAGUUAAUUUGAUGUUGAGAUAUGUGAUUGUUGUACUACUGUAAGUGCUUUAAAAAUGCGUUAUGUAGGAUCAAAAUCGACCAAUAGCAGGUUAUGAUUCUAAUUUCGGGAGCCAUGUUGGCUAAGCGGGUAAGAGGCGAGAAAGGUCAUCUACAUGUUGUUCAGAUGGGACGCAAAACCGAAGUCCGUGUACACAUUGGCCUGCAAGUAAAAUAUUCCUUGGAUGUUGGAAUUCAAUAAUGCAAAAUUUCCCUCGUAGCAACCUGUACGGUGUAUACCUGUGUCCAUUAGCCCAGUCGGAGCAGAACAAUGGGAAGUUAAACCUCAUUUAAUUUCAUUUAAUUCUAGCUUCAAAUGUUAUAUAAACUAUUAUUUAGACAUUUAUUAAUACGACAAGCCCAUAAUCAACUCUCUUGAUAAUCAGACGGCAGAGAUUUCGAGGGAUUAGAUUCCCCGCAAGAUUAUAACAAUUUAACGAUAACAUAGAUAAUCACGACUUAGUCUUGUUUGUCCAGUACCAUUACUACGCUAAUAAACAAUCAACGCUAAAUCUUCCAACACUCAUAAUAUUGCUCAAAAUAAAGUAAUUUGAAUCAAAUUAUCAAUAUAUCCAUUUUGGAUUAUCAAUUUUUGAUCUAUUAUUAUAGCAAGAAUGGUCAGAUCUUUAUCUAAAUCUUAUAUAAUGCAUCUUUAACUAUUGUGAGAAUGUUAUUUUGGGUGAUAAAUGAAUGUUGUCGUUUAUUAUUAUUAAAAUGAUAUUUAUACAGCGCUCAUCUUCCAUCGCAGAGCAAUGCUCAGAGGCGCUUUACAAAAACAUAAAUUGAAUCAAUAUAAAAUUCAAAUGUACAUAAAAGUCUACAUGAUAAAAUCACAUACAUAUAGAGAAUGACAUUAUUAUAUAAUAAAAUGCAAGAUAAAAGUAUCGGAUUGGAAUCGUAAAAUGAACUAAUUGUUGUAUAUUAUAAUACAUGUAUGCAGAUUUUUUUAAAACUUCUAUGAAUUUAACCUCCAUUAUUUAUAAUAUUUUUGAAUAAUGCCCUUUGUAUCUCUAUAAAAUACAGAUGUGACCUCAUUCUUUGAUGUUGGCAUACAUGUACCAUUAUUUCAAAUGAUACAUGUACAUUAUUUAUACUAGUUGAAUUAUUGGACCCGUGUUACAUAUUUCAUUGAAAUGGACGUGCUGGAUUGUGUCUGUAUUUGUUUAAUGGUCUCGCUGUAUCAUAAGGCCUGUCAUUGAGUCAACUGGCGUGGUUUCGAAUCCCUGGUUGUACGUGACAAGGAGUGGGGUUGCCUGUCCAACCUCGUGGGUUUUCUCCGGGUCCUCCGGUUUCCUCCCACUGCUAAAGAUCCCUACGGGCAAGCGAAUUAUUGAAAUAAAAUUAAACCAUAUGACCUAGUUUGUGUCGAGUGGACGUUAAACCCCAUUUCUCUCUCUCUUUUGUUUAAUGGUCUCAUCGAAAUAUGCAGUAACGGUGAAACGCCUCUCAUAAAUUAAGAACACUGUAUAUUCAUUACAUGUAGCUUUGUGUAACAAAACUUGGAUGAUAUGAUGUACAUGAUCAUAUUAUUGCCAAUAAUUCAACUGAAUUACUUUUGUAAAUAUGUAAAAUCGUUGUUGGUUAUUUAUUUGUCAAAGUUUUGAGUAUUUUUUUUCAUAACAUUAAUAUUUACAAAUAUUGUCAGUUUACACAGAACAGAACUAACAGGUCUGUAAAAUAAAAAACGUAUUAAUCAAAUCCAUCAUUAUUAGUCACCUUUAAACCACCCGGUUAUAAUUUCUUGUCUCUAUGACGUCAGGAUUUAUCUUUUAUUGUCACCAGCAUACAAUUUUCUUGUAAAUAAUACAAUCAUAUUUAUCUCCCCUGAUUAUCGACAUGGGGAUGCUGUAUUGUCAGUCUAUAACGUCCAGAAUGGACAGAAUUGUAAUAGUGUGACUUGAAAUUCAGUUGUCACAGUUCUGGCAGUCCCAACAACUGAGGUGGUGGGAGUAGAAUCGUGACGUAAUUAAAAACAACCAAUGUUUCAGCAGUCGUGGUUGGUUGAGAUAUUUUCUUGUGCAGUCAACACAUGGGUUGUAUCCCGAAGUCCCCCCUUUUCACUCGAUUGUUAUUUUGGAGAGUGAUAGAAUUCAUUCCGGAAUGUUCAAGUAUCUCCCAUGUAAAAUAAAAUUCGUUUCCAUUUUGUAACAUGGGGCUGGUAUUCGUUUCCAUUCUGUGACAUGGAGCUGGUAUUCAUUUCCAUUCUGUGACAUGGGGCUGGCCGGUAUUCGUUUCCAUUCUGAGACAUGGGGCUUGUAUUUGUUUCCAUUCUGAGACAUGGGGCUUGUAUUCAUUUUCAUUUGAAGGAUAUUGAUUCACCUGAGACCUACAAUAUCAUGAAAGUAAUUUUAGUCAAAAAAUGGUUCACUUAUGUUCGGUAUUUAUGAAGAUUUGAAUUGAACAUUUUGUCGCAAAAUGCAUCUUUUUAACUGAUUUAAUCCAAUGUUGAAAUUUUGCUUUUAUUAAAUGUCAAAUAAUCAAUUUGAACACAUUUUAGCAUUGAUUAAGCCGUGGUGAUUAGAUAUUGUCUAUAAAAUGGAAACGACCAUGAGUGUCUUUUAAGAUAGAGGGCGGUUGGAUAACCGAAAGGUUAGCAUGUGCAGGGCCCUGUCUCAUAAGGUUUCAAUUCCCCGGCUGUACGUGACAAGGAGUAGGGUCACCUGUCCAACCUCCGGUUUCCUCCCACUGUUAAAGAUCCCUUCGUGCAAGGGAAUUAUUGAAAUAAAAUCGAACCAUGUGUUAGUCCCGAAAUGACCUAUGUUGUGUCGAGUGGACGUUAAAUUUAUGAAUUCUCGUGAUAUCAUCCACAACCCUUUACAGUCUUGUAGCCUUUCAUAGAAUCCUCACAUGAAUAAUAGACAAUAUUGUUACGUUUUCUAUUAAAAUUUUGUAAAAAUUUGGUUUUGAAAUUUAUUGAAUCUAUAGAAUCUGUUUACCUCAAAUCAAGUAUUAAUUUCUAUUUAUCAUUUUGUAUGUCAGUGUAAUUUAUCAUAAAUUCGUUAUCAUUCAAGUUUUUGUGAAUAAAUAUUUUGAUUG